AUGUCGGACGAAAGCCAUCCAAAAACAUUGUAUGUAGGUAAUUUAGACUUGUCAGUGACGGAGGACCUGUUGUGCACGUUGUUCUCGCAAAUAGGCCCUGUAAAAGGAUGUAAAAUCAUAAGAGAACCCGGAAAUGAUCCGUAUGCUUUUAUCGAGUUUACCAAUCACCAGUCUGCAUCCACGGCUCUGGCCGCUAUGAACAAAAGGUUGUUUUUAGAUAAGGAAAUGAAAGUCAACUGGGCUACUAGUCCCGGUAAUCAGCCAAAACAGGACACCUCGAACCACCAUCACAUCUUUGUGGGUGACCUGUCACCAGAAAUUGAGACUGAGACACUACGAGAGGCCUUUGCCCCAUUUGGGGAAAUAUCAAACUGCAGAAUCGUGAGGGAUCCACAAACGCUGAAAUCUAAAGGAUAUGCUUUCGUUUCUUUUGUAAAAAAAGCUGAAGCUGAAAAUGCCAUACAAGCGAUGAAUGGACAAUGGUUAGGAUCACGAUCUAUUCGCACCAAUUGGUCCACAAGAAAACCUCCACCACCAAAGUCAGAAAAACCCAUGCAGAGGGCAAAACAACCUACUUUUGAUGAAGUUUAUAACCAAACGUCCCCCACCAACACCACAGUUUAUUGUGGAGGAUUUAUGAAUGGCAUAAGUGAUGAGCUGAUUCAUAAAACAUUUUCACCUUUUGGAACGAUACAAGAUAUUAGAGUUUUCAAAGAUAAAGGUUAUGCUUUCAUUAAGUUUGUCACUAAGGAAAGUGCCACACAUGCCAUUGAAAGCAUACACAACACUGAAAUUAACGGAAAUAAUGUCAAGUGCUUCUGGGGUAAAGAAAAUGGUGGAUUAGGUCCGGAUCCAGGACUUAUGGCUGGAGGAGGUGUUCAGGCAGCAGCAGGACCACCAUACUCUUAUGGUUAUGGAAGCUACUGGUACCCUCAAAGCUAUGGAGGGGGAGGAUACAUGCAAGGUUACCAGCCAUAUCAGCAGUACCAGCAAUACCCAGGAGGCCAGCAGUACUGUAUGAUGCCACAGCAAGGUCAAUGGGCAGGACCUCCUGGACAACAACCAAACGUACCAGUAAUGUAUGGCUCAAUGCAGAAAUAUCCAUCUCAGUGA